AAGGGCAACAAAAGGGAGUAAAUAAAUAAAUAAACAUUGAAGAAAAAGAAUGGGCGUUACGAUCUCACCAAGACUGCCAUGUCUGUAGGUUUAGAGGAAGAAGGCACAGACCAGACGCUGGGAGAAAGUCUUUGCAAGCACACACGAGCACUUCCGUCCAGAACACAAAGGAAUUCUGAAAACCUAGGCCAGCAAGACAGCUCAGCUGGGAGAGGCCGGUUAACCCCCCAAGGACCCAGGCCUGAGCCCGGCCCUCACCAUGCCAGGGGGGCUUCACCACUGUGGCAUGUCCCCUUCUCUCCCUCUGACUCUGUCUUUCUCCCUCUGCCUCUUUCUAGCUGAAAAAAAAUCUGCCCACCCAGCUCAGUGCAGCCCAGCAAUGACAGAAAGAAAGAAAGUUGAUCUGAGAACUCGGCAGUGUGGAGGAGCCCAGGCAUGUCUGCGGCUGAGACCGCCGGGCUGAGCCUGGGCGAGCCUCUCCCCGGGGCAGCGCCGGAGGGCAGCGGGCCGGCCAGCAGCCAGUCGGGCCCAGACGAGGGCAAGGCGGCCAGCCACGCCUCCUCAGACUGCAGCGUGGACUACAGCCGCUCCCAGGGAUCCAGCCCGACGCCCCACUCCCACUUCGACUACUCUGAGGACUUCGUGUCUGAGUGCUCAGACGCUGCAGGGCCAGGGGACCCCCAGGAGCAGGAGCCAGAGCCGGAGCAGGAGCCGGAGCCGGAGCAGGAGCAGGAAAAGAAGAAGAAAAAGAAGUGUCACCUCCCCAGGGUGGCCCACCCCAAAGGCCCGGCCCCGAGGCAGCAGCCCCCCGCGCCCGGCCCGGGCUCUGGUUGCGGGGCGAGCCAGCGCCUGCUGUCGGCGCGGCUGGUGCGGCUGCGGGAGCUGCAGAGCGAGCUGGCGGGGCUGCGCAGGGCCUGGGAGGCCUCGGCGCGCGAGAACCAGCUGCUGCAGCGGCUGCGGCGCCGCCACCUGCGCGCCCUGGGCGGCCACGAGCAGGCGCAGCCCGCGCUCCCGCAGCUGGCCGCGCGGCAGCAGAGCGAGGUGCGGGGCCUGCGGCAGCUGCUGCGCCGCGCGCGGGGCCAGGAGCGCGGGGCCGCCCGCCGCCUGCGGGACUCGGACGCCGAGCUGCUGCGCGCCCGCGACCGCCUGCAGGCGCUGCAGAGGCUGGCGCAGGACGCGGGGCUGGCGGGGCGCGACGAGCUGGCGCGGCGCCUGGCCGAGCUCACCGUCCAGAUGCAGGCCAACGACGGCAAGGUGCAGAGCCUGGAGAGGCAGCUAAGGCUGAGCAGCAGGACCUUCCACCGGCAGCUGGCCGCGGAGAGCCGGAAGACGCUCACUGCCCAGGCGGCCACCAAGACGCUCCAGGCAGAAGUGACGCAGCUGCGGCAGAAGCUAAAGGAGAGGGAUCGAGAGCUUGAAAUGAAAAACAUCUACACUCACCGGAUACUCAGAAAUCUACAUGAGAAGGAAGACCGUCUGAGAGCUUCUUCAACAAAAUCCGUACAAGCGGACAGGAAGAACGCGCCGCCUAUAAGUACGAGGAACCAGGGGACCCAAAAGUCAGAAGACGCUGCCCCCUUGACGACAAAGGGGGAAAAGGCAACAGGAAGCCUUGGUCAUAAGGAGACAGCCACAGCCGCGGCCACCAUCUCUGCCGCCCCCCGCGACCUGACCACAUGUCCAAGCCAAGAGGACCUUAAGAGGAAAGCCGACCUCGCCAAGGCGGAGGAGCCAGCGGCAGCCCGGGCACCCGAGGCAGAGGCGGCCCCGGAGAGAGGAGAGCCGGAGCCGGGGCCGGGGCCGGGGCCCGAGCGGGAGCGGGAGCCCGGGGCCACGCAGGCCGCCGUCCCGGAGGGGCCCGGCCCGGCAGAGGAGGCCGCGGCGGCCGGGGCUGAGGCUGCGCUGCCCGGCCUGCCCUCGGGGCCCCAGCUCAAGGCGGCCUGCCGCCGGCGCAAGCGCUACAGCUUCACGGCGGCCAUCGAGAACCUGCACCUGGGGCUGCCCGCCCUGGGGGGCAGCGGCGGCCAGGCGGCCGGCAGGCACCGCGCCCAGGCCGGCGACUACCAGCCCUCCUUCGGGGCGGCCCCCAGACCCAAGGCGAGGGACGGCGCCUUCCGGGAGAGGAAGAGCAGUCUGAUGGCCGAGCUGUUCGGGCCCCGCGCGGGCCUCCGGCAGGGAGCCGCCGCCGCCGCCGCCGCCGCCGCCCCCGGCAGCAAGAGGGCGCCCCUGGCCGCCGCCGGCCGGCCCUCCGCCGGCAACGCCUUCGGAGACUCCGCGGCCACCCUGGCCGAGCCCGUGAGGCCGCCGUCGCCGCCCAGAGAGAAGAGGAAGAUGGUCCUCUAGGCAGAGCCGGACUCUGCCGCCCCGCCGCGGGGUCCCCGGCGCCCGCCGGCCCGUCCGGAAUAAGGCGCCUUUAUUUUUAUACGUGAAGCAAGCGUGUCCGCUGGCUUUCGGGAGGCCGGC